AUGCAUUGUUAUGAGUCUGAAGAGCUGGAUUCUGUUGCAAGUGAUGAUGAAGACAGUCAGCAGGCAGCAUUUCCUCAAGCGAAUCCAGAUGCUCCAGUAAGGAAAAUAAGGUUGGAGCUUGGCAUGGAGUUUGAAAAUCUGGACCAUUUCAAGAAGGCAGUUAAGAAGUUCAACAUCAACAUAGGGCGAAACAUAUUCUUUCCAAUAGUGGAUUCAACUAGGUGCAAGACCAUAUGUUAUGACGAGAGUUGUCCGUGGCAGAUAUACUGUGCAAAACGGUCGUAUCCAUUAAGCUUUCAGGUGAAGACGUUUGUGAAUGAACAUACCUACAGCAAAGUUAAUAAGAAUAAAUCAGCAGAUGGUAAAUGGGUUGUAGAGGAGCUUGAGGACAAGAUCCGUGAUCAUCCAGAGAUGACUCAAAGGCAGGCACAAGAUUUUUUCAAGAAGGAGUAUGACGUGAUUGUGAACGAGAGGAAGAUAUACAGGGCUAUGGUGAAGGCGAAAGAACUAAUAGAAGGGUCAGAAAUAGCUCAGUAUGCAGUUCUUAGGGACUAUGCUAAUGAAAUUAUGAGGACCAACCCUGGCUCCACUGUGAGGAUUAGUACUGAUUAUGUUGAAGGGACUGGGCAUAAAUUCAAAAGGAUAUAUAUAUGCUUGGAAGGGUGUAAAAAUGAUUUUUCGGUUGGUUGCAGGCCUUUUAUAGGGUUAGAUGAAACUUUUCUAAAGGGAUACUACCCUGGCCAGUUGUUGACCGCAAUCGGCCACGAUGCCAAUAACCACAUAUACCUUAUAUCGUAUGCUGUUGUGGAGUGCGAAUGCAAGGAUAGCUGGAAAGUGGUUUCUCGAACUCCUCCAAGAAGACUUAGGUGA